AUGCACUACCACACCUUUGCGGCCGCUGCAGCCUUAUUUGCUGCCUCAACUGCUCUACCUGCCGAUACCCUCUCGCAGCACCUGGCUCGGGCUUGUGAAUACGCAGGCAUAUAUCCUGGGGCCGUUGCGCAAGGAACUUGUACUCAAACGGAUGGCAUAUGCAAUGCCGGUGAUUACUCGACAGAGUGCGACUUCCAAGAGGAUACCAGUACUUUUCAGGUCUGCCAAUCACCCUCACAAUAUGCAUGUCAAAAAGAAGGAGAUCCUUGCUGGGUAUAUGCGUCGACCAAAUACCUGCCUAACAUAACAUACUUCGCUCACUGUUCUGUUGCCUAGUCGAGGGAAGUAUUCAGCAAUGCCCUUAUUGAUGUGAUAGCGGUGGUAUGAAUAGCUUUGGAAAUGAUGAUCAGAGGAUGAUUGCAGGUAUUUCAUUAGGCUUCAUACUGAAUACUGCUUGGCAAAUUCGGGCUUGUCAAGGAUCUGAGGUAGGCCUUUAGGCUCAUCGUAUGCGUUUUGGUUGUUCGGAACCUUGUCUAAAAGCCACAUUUCGGUUGUGGUCUCGCGUCGGCACAACUU